GCUGAGCUGUGCUGACCUGCGCUGACACCAAGACACUCUCGGUGCACAGACUCUGAACUGUGGAUACAUUUUUAUACAGGAGCUGAAAAUCAAGACUUCCCUCCCUCCAUUUGGACGACUUGUUACUUUUACAAUUCUUUAUUCCUUUUUUUUUAUGCCAGUUUUCUCUUUUGUUCGUCUGCUGUCAUCAGGAUGCUUAGCCCAGCUACUUUGCAGCGGAUCAUUUCUACUCUGUUUGUGCUUGGCAGCGCUGCAGUGAUGGCAGAAGGUGAGUGCCCGGCCGAGUGCUCGUGCACCCCCUCACCCCCGCUGUGCCCGCCGGGCGUCAGCUGGGUGACUGACCACUGUGGCUGCUGUAAAGUUUGUGCUAGGCAGUUCAACGAGGACUGCAGCACCGCCGAACCUUGCGAUCACAUCAAGGGGCUACGCUGCCAUCUGGGGGCUGGAGGAGACCCUGAGAGAGGACUGUGUCGAGCUGAGGCCCAGGGUUUGCCUUGCGAGUUCAGCGGGCAGGUGUACCAGCACGGUGAGGACUUCCGGCCGAACUGCCAGCACCAGUGCACCUGCAUGGACGGGGUGGUGGGCUGCAUGCCCCUCUGUCCUCACCAAGUGCCCCUGCCCGGCUGGCGCUGCUCACGGCCCCGGCUGGCCAGGCCUGAGGGCGGCUGUUGCGAGGAGUGGGUGUGUGAUGACGACAACCACAUCAGUGAGGAACCAGAUGAGCUGACACACAGCUCCCUGCCAGACAGCCAGCCCCUUCCCAACCACAUAAGUGCCCUGCUGCAGGCCCAGCUGCAACCUCGGCACCCAGCUGCCACCGGAGGGGCCACGUUCAGAGAGAUGGUGGCAUUCCCUAGGUCUGAGGUGCUUCUUGAAUACAGCUGUUUCCCACAAACCACAGAGUGGACCGAGUGUUCCACCACAUGUGGAAUGGGCAUUUCAAGUCGAGUGACCAAUGACAACCCAGACUGUCGGCUGGUCAGAGAAACCAGACUGUGCCAGAUCCGGCAAUGUGAGCUGCAGCUUCCUCUAGCAAGCAAGAAAGGGAAGAAGUGCCAGCGAACAGUCCGCCCCCAGGAACCGGUCAGGAUCACCUUCGCCGGAUGCUCAACAGCACAGUGGUAUCGCCCUCGCACCUGUGGGACGUGCACCGAUGGCCGCUGCUGCACGCCCUCCGUCUCUCGCACCGUGAGACUUCGCUUCCACUGCUCCGAUGGAGAGGGCUUCUACAGAAAUGUCAUGUGGAUCCAGCGCUGCAGCUGCAAAACAAGCUGUCCUACACGCAGAGGGCCCUCAAGCCCUUCAGUCAGCCUCCACAACGACAUCCACACCUUCCGGCACUGAGGCUCACCGAUCCUGCUUAGCCAAGGCCUGGCACACUGGGUAAAGACUCUGCCCCCAACACCCCCACCCCCCUCUCCAAACCCACCGCCUGCCAGAGUGUCAGCUGGGUGAGCUCGUGCCACCCUCUCCCUCCCAUUCAAUACGCUCGCUUGCACUUUAAGCUUCCUGCCAUGAUGACAUCAGUUGGUCCACACUGGAGGACACUGAGGACAGCACACUGCAGAGUGUUGCUGUGUUAGACGUUGGCAGAGAGCUUUUACUGAAACUUCUUUUAUUUAUUUGAAACUUUGUGUCCUCUCCACAGAGGGCAACGUGACAGUUUGUUCAACAGAAGGGAGGUUGUUUAGACCAGUAGCAGACAUUUAUGUGAGUGAUGGGAAUUAUGGACGUGCAUUUUUAAUUAGUGAGGAAGAACUAGAAGACAUAUUCAUUAGUGACUAUAGGGACUGUGUUCAUUAUUGACUGUCCUUUGUGAUACAGUGUUUCCUACACAUUUAUUGAUUGUGGAAUGGUGGAUUGUGGUAUGAUGUGUGUGUGUGUGUGUGUGUGUGUGUGUGUGUGUAGGUGAAAGUGUAUUGGUCUGUUAGAAUAUGGAACUUUCACAAGAGAGUUUACAGAGAAUGUGCUUGUUAUGCUACUACAGUAUACUGUAUGGAUUAAAGCAUAGACUUCACUCUUAGUUGUGGAGUGGUGAAUUCUUGGAUCACCUCAUUUUUCGGGGUGUGAUUUUAUUUUGUUUGUGUGUGUCCUUCACCGUGUAUAUACGAUGCUUCAUUUUGAAGGGUGAAAUAAUGCUAUACUGUAUAUUUAAGACAUGUUACAUGUGUUCUUUGGAUGUUUGUGUCUGUAAACUCCUGUACAUCCAAUAAAUAUGUAU